AUGAUUUCCAAUAAUUCUUUUAAAUCAAAUAUACGAUUUCUACAAAAAGACAACAUAUUCAAUGGUUAUAGAGCAACCCUCGAUUUUUCAAAAACGAAUAUAUUCAGUUCCGAAAUAGGAAUAUCCUACUUGCGACAAAAUGAACGUCAAUAUUCCUCUAAAUUUCGUUGUACUGGAUCCGAAAACGAUAUUGAUGCAUGGAAAGAACGUCUUUGUGUAUUUUACAAUACGUGCUAUAAUAAAGAUACUAAUCAAUUGGAUUAUUUUCGAUUUUUACCAAGUAAACCAAAACCAAUUUUCUAUGACGCAGCUAAACGUAUGUUAUAUGAGUUCAGUAAAAUUAGUAGAGAUACUGGAUUUGUAUCACUUUCAACAGAUGGAGAAACACCAUAUGCACCAGUUAUUGUUAAUGAAACAUAUCCGACAAAAAAUUUUACCAAACUUUAUCAUGUACAUAGUCUGAUGAAAACUCAUUUUGGUGCUAAUGACAUAGGACAUGGACUUUGGGAAGAAUUGGGAUCUAUUUCGUAUUCGAUGGAACGAAUGAAUAUAGUUGAUCGAAAAUUAAUUAUUAUGCAUUUAAAUAAAAUGGAAAAUACGAGUUUAUUUCGUACAUAUCAUCAAUAUGUAAUACCUGCAUUAACACAAAAUUCUAUGGUGGAAUUCGAACUUUAUAUGAAAUCCUUUAAUACAAAAUAUGUAUGUUUUGAUUCUUUAAUUGUUGGUGGACAAAUGACCAUUUUAAAAAAUCCACAGACAAAAGAAAAUUAUGGACGUGAAGCACUUUUCUACAACUGGAGAUCAAAAAUUAUACAGUAUAACGGAUUUGAUCCUAAUUUUAUUCCAAAAAAAACAUCAUAUUAUCAUUACUAA